AUGAAUGGUAUCACUACACUAAACGAGGAUUUUCUACCUUCAUAUUACUAUUAUGUAGAACCGGAGAAAGUCUAUGAACCACAACAGCCAAACCCUCUGGAUGAUUUGAUCUCAGUCUAUGGUUUAGACGAUUUGGCAAGACAAGUGGCAAGAACGAAUUCUGACGGUUCGAAAGCAGUUAAACUACGAAAAUCCUAUAAAAAUCAAAUAUCUGAUAUCUCUGGUAAAUUUAAUACUAUACCAACGCGAGAGAAUGGUAAAGGUGGUGAUAUUGCCAAUGUGCUAUUUCAAAAUAAUCAAGAUAUGAUGAAUCAAGUUACUAGAACUCCAAAUAUGACGGAUCAGCAAUAUAGGGAAGCGUUAAUCAGUAGAGAUGCUGCACUAUUUCAAUCCCCUAAUCUAGACUGGGAUAUGGCUACAAAUGUGCUCUCGCAAUUUGAAAGAUCCUAUCCAACAGAAUUUCAAAAUCAAGCUGGAUUCCAAGUUGAUGAUUUGGCAUUUGAUUUGGAUGGUACUGGCAAAGCUAUCAACUCGAAGAAAAGGAAAAAUAAGUCUAAUGGGAGCUCUAUGGCUACUCCUAAUAGUGACGUUCAAGAAGAUUUGAAAAGAAGACGUCUUGAAUAG